AUGCGCCGUUUCGCUACCAUCUCUACCCUCCUGCUUGGAAUUGUGCCACUGUCUCUCAGCGCGACAAUCGAUGUCGUAGUUGGAGGACCUGGCGUUCUCGAGUUUACCCCUCCAUUUGUCACUGCCUCCUUAGGAGAUAUCGUACGAUUUACGUUCCAGCAAAAGAACCAUACAGCUACGCAAUCGACCUUCGAGAGCCCUUGCUUGCGUGCCCCUGGUGGAUUUGAUUCCGGAUUCGUGCCUGUUGCAGACGGCGUAACAAGUGGCUUUCCCGUCGCUGAGCUGGAGAUCAGCACCACAAAUCCCAUCUGGGUGUAUUGUCGACAAGGCGAUCACUGUCAACAGGGCAUGGUGUUCGCCGUUAAUCCUGGAGACAGGUUUACCGCCUUUCAAGCUGCAGCCACUGGUGGCUCAGCACCGUCUACAUCAACUGCCCCUGCGUCAACAACUUCUCCAGUCCUUGCCACACCCUCUUUCACCACCUCCAUUACACCAUCCGCUACCGCGACCGCCGGUCUGGAUCACAAAGUGAUUGUCGGAGGGCCAGGAAUUCUGGCUUACAAUCCCUCGAACAUCACGGCUCAAGUUGGGGACACGAUAACCUUUGAGUUCCACCAGAAGAACCAUACUGUUACUGCAAGCUCCUUCGACGCUCCUUGCCGUGCAUUGGCUUUGACGAGUACCACUGGCGAAGUGGGUUUCGAUUCUGGGUUUCAACCUGUUGCGGACGAUGCUUUGACCUUCCCGACUUUUACGAUCCAAGUCAACGACACCAAGCCCAUCUGGGCUUACUGCCGACAAGGAAAUCAUUGCGGCCAGGGAAUGGUCUUCUCCGUCAAUGCUGACGAGUCGGGUACGAGGGGCUUUGCUGCCUUCCAAGCGUUGGCGAAGCAGCUCAGUGGCACAACUUCUACCACCACAAACAGUGCGCGUGUUUCUGCUGCUGGUGCCCAUUCUGCAAGUUUACUUGUGGCUAUCGCUUUCGUUUCAAUCUUCGUGCUCUAA